AUGGUCAAGACGCUUCAAUUCCAAGAUCUCACGGUCAACUCUCCGGGCUUCGGUGCCAUGGGCUUAAGCUUUGGCCUGGGCAGCGACCUCACGCUGGAGCAAGCCGAGCCAGUCCUCCUUGUCACGGCCAUCGAGCUAGGCUGCACAUUCUGGGACACAGCAGUCGUCUACCAAGCCGGCGUCAACGAGAAGCUACUCGGCGACUUCGUCAGGAAGCACAAUGUCCGCGCCCGGGUCUUCAUCGCUUCCAAGUGCGGCUUCAAGUGCUUCGGCGGCGAGCGUAGUGUCACGAACUCUGCGAGCCAUAUCAAGGAGUACAUUGAAGGAACCAUUGAGCGCCUAGGCUUCACGCCUGAUCUUUACUAUCUACACCCGCUCGAUGAGAUCCGCAAGGCCGGCAAGACGAAAUACAUCGGCCUCUCCGAGUGCUCAGCCUCCACUUUGCGCAGAGCGAAUGCCAUCGCCAAGAUCGACGCCGUGCAAGCUGAAUACUCUGCGUUUGAGACAAUUCAUGAGACUGACGGCCUCAUCGGCACCGCAAAGAAGCUGGGUGUCGCAUAUGUCGCCUACAGUCCGCUGGGUCACGGCUGGCUGGUCGACAACUUCGACUACGCAUCGCCAGACGACUUUGCACCCACGGACUUCCGCCGGAGCGUGCCGAAGUUCCAGGGUGGCAAUUUCUACAAGAACAAGGCCACCGUGGAGGAAGUCAAGAAGCUGGCACAGAGGAAGGGGUGCACGACGCCGCAGGUUGCGCUUGCCUGGGUCGCGGCUCAAGGUGUGAUUGCGAUUCCGGGGACGACCAAGGCGAGCAGGUUGGAGGAGAACUUUGCUAGUCGGGAGGUGGAGCUGACAGAUGAGGAGCAGAGUGAGAUGCGGAAGAUCAUCGAUGCUGCAAAACCGGCAGGAAACAGGUAUGGACCUGCGCAUCAGGCUCUGGUAGGUCACUGA